AUGAAACAAUUACAAGGUGUCAUAAAACCCAAGACGAAGCGCUCCAAGCGCUUCCUGGAGAGCAGAGCCCCCAAACUGUCCGAAGAUGGAAGAGUGUGAUGAUCAUGAAGAGGAGGAAACACCAGCCAGACCGUCACUCAGGCCCUCAAGGACAUAGUGAAACAACCCAACGCUGUGCUCUACAAGAAGUAAGAAAACAUCACCCGUCCGUUUGAGGACUCCACCUCCCUGGAGUUUUUCUCCAAGAAAACCGACUGCUCGCUGUUUCUGUUCGGCUCCCACAACAAGAAACGACCCAACAACCUCAUAUUCGGCCGCCUGUUUGACUUCCAUGUGCUGGACAUGAUCGAACUGGGAGUUGAGAAGUUUGUCUCCAUGAAUGACAUCAAGACCGCCAAGUGUCCCGAGGGGACGAAGCCCAUGCUGGUGUUCGCAGGAGAGGCUUUCGACACGGACAACGAGCACAGGCGUCUGAAGAGCCUCCUCAUAGACUUCUUCAGAGGCCCCACGGUGUCGGCGGUGCGGCUGGCGGGGCUGGAACACGUGCUGCACUUCACCGCUCUGGACGGGAAGAUCCACAUGAACAGCUACAGGUGUCUGCUCAAGAAGUCCGGCUGCCGGACCCCCAGGAUCGAGCUGGAGGAGAUCGGACCCUCGUUCGACUUCGUCCUCAGAAGGACUCACCUGGCUUCAGACGACUUGUACAAGUUGGCUCACAAGCAGCCCAAAGCCCUGAAGCCCAAGAAGAAGAAGAACAUUUCCCACGAUGCCUUUGGCACCAAGCUGGGCCGGGUGCACAUGCAGAAGCAGGACCUGUCCAAGCUGCACACCCGUAAGAUGAAGGGUCUGAGGAAGAGGAGGGCGGACGAGGGGGCCGAGGGGGCCGAGGGGCCGGCGGAGUCCCCCAAAGUGGCCAAAGUGGAGAGCUGAGGACCUGGACCUGGACCUGGACCUGGACCAUGUUCAGGACUGUGAGACUGUUGUGGGCGGGGCCUGUGAACGGCCAAAAUUCAAUUCAAUCUUUUUUUUUCCCCUUUUCUGGGACUUCAGAAGCCAUUUUUGUGACUUUUUCCACGUUUUCUCAUCGCAGAGUUUUUCCAGAAAAAUAAAAAAAACAGACUGUUUUCACCACAAUUUCAGUCUGUCAAAGCUGACUGUGUGUCAACGUGCCAGAAGCUGUUUGAAGCUCUAAUAAAAAUACAUAAAUCACUGUGAUGAAUCCCGCUCUGAUUUCCUGUGAAGCAGGAAGAGAAAUCAGAUUCUUCUUUCAAAAAUGUGACGGUUGAAAACAUGCCAGAGAAGUUUUGUUUAUUUUAGCUUUUUAAUCUCACCUAUUAGCAGAGAUGCACGUUUUACUGUGUGAUCACCUGAAAGUCCCUCGUUCACUCUUUUUUAAAUACCUGUUAGUUGUUUUUUUGGGGUUUUUUUUGCGAAAAAGUUAAAGCUGCUCGUCCGAUUCAAACAAAUCUGG